AUGACCGACCAUGAACCGAACGUUGCCAUUUUUUGGGAUUACGAGAACUGUACGCCUCCAAGCGCGUCUCCAGGCUAUGACAUCAUCGAUAAUAUCCGGCAGAUCGCACAUGAGUACGGCAGCGUAAAGCUCUUCAAGGCUUACCUCCAGAUAUCGGAGCAGUUGUCAUCGAAUUCCAAUCGUCUGCGCUCCGAGCUUCAGUCCUGUGGCGUGUCACUGACAGACUGUCCGCAUAAUGGAAGGAAGGAUGUUGCUGACAAGAUGAUGACUGGUGAGUAA